AUGUUUAAACAUUUUGGAAGAAGCAAUAUAUUGUGCCUAUGCAAACGUUAUUAUGUUAGAUUAGUAGAAGUGGGUCAGUUAAAUACACCAAAGCCUAUUGAAAAAUAUGAAACUGGUCAGUUGUUUUUUCACCAGAUAUUUGGAUAUAGAGGGGUGAUAUUGUUUCCGUGGUUAGCCAGAGUAUACGACCGUGAUGUUGUCAUCAAAGCAGAAAAUGCGGCGGGAAAAGAUGUUAAAGGAAAGACACACACGUAUUAUCAAACUUUGAUAGAUGAAAGAGAUUGUCCAUUUAUUAGGGCACAAACAGAAGCAGUUACUUUUCUCGGAAAUCAGGAUACCAGUCGUAGCUUGUAUGCGAUACCUGGUCUAGAUUAUGUAGCUCAGGAAGAUAUACUUCCAUACACAGCAACUGAAAAACAACCGUUACAACAUGAACUUUUUGAUAAAUUCCUCAUGUAUAAUCCUAAUAAAGAUCCACCAUUUGGGGCACAGGAAACAUUGAGAUCAUGGCAAAAAAAAAAUCAUCCAUGGCUGGAGUUGUCAGAUGUUCAUAAAGAAACUACAGAAAAUGUUAGGAUCACAGUAAUACCAUUCUACAUGGGUUAUAGAGAAUCCCAAACAAAUUCUGUGUACUGGUGGAGAUAUUGUAUACGAUUAGAAAAUUUAGGUGAACAAAGCGUUCAACUUAGAGAAAGACAUUGGAGAAUAUUUAGUUUAUCUGGAACAUUAGAGACUGUACGUGGAAGAGGAGUAGUGGGCCAAGAACCUCUGCUCUCGAAAAAAUCACCAGCAUUUCAAUACAGUAGUCAUGUUAGCUUACAAGCUCCUAGUGGACACAUGUGGGGAACAUUUCGAAUGGAACGUGAAGAUGGACAUUUAUUUGAUUGUCGAAUACCUCCAUUUUCUCUAGAGAGCAAACCAGAUGAUAAGUUUCUAGACCGUUAA